CUCGCAAAAUGGGGAGAAAGGGCACCGUGACGCCUCUGGCGGAGCUUCUCCCCGUGGGCGAGCUAGCGCAGGCCAGCGAUCGCAUCCAGGGCGCCAUCCGCGAGCACGCCGACAAGCUCCAGCAGCUCCAAUCUUUCGCCGACGACAACCGCGCCAUCCACAAGCUCGUCCAGGAGCUCCCACACAAUGUCGCUUACAAUAUCAUGGUGCCGUUUGGAAAAGCAGCCUUCUUCCCCGGAAAGCUUGUUCAUACCAAUGAAAUGCUGGUUUUGCUCGGAGAAGGCUACUACGCAGAGCGAUCCGCGAAGCAAACUCUGGAACUCCUAACGAGACGAGCAAAGUUUCUCGACUCCAACAUCGAGAGCAUCAACUCACAGAUCGCUGACCUUCGAGCGGAGGCCACUUUCGCAAGCACUGCUGCCGAAGAAGCUGCUGCUGGCGUAGUGGACAUCAGAGAAGAAUACGAUGAAGAAAUCGAUGGUCCACCCCCCACUGCGGAGCAAAGUCUAGAAACCCAAGGGAAAAGGCCGCUGGGAUCUGGUGAAGAUCUCGAGCAUGAGCGCUUGAUGGCACGAUUUUCGGAAUUGGAAGCCGAAGAAGCGGCAGCAGCGGCUAAAGAAUAUGAGGAUGAGUAUGAUCAAGAUGGUUUUCUAGAUGAUGACACUCUUGCGAAAAUGGAAACACCAUCUUCUGAACCGGAAGGACCUCCUGCCAUCACAAAUCCGGGCGAUCUCGUAAACUUUGAGAUGUGGAAGCAAAAGACUUGGAACAAGACGUCUACGUCUACUCCAGAUCGUCCCGAGAAGCGAAAUCACGACAAGAAAGCGGAAAAGCGCGUCACUUUUGAUCUUCCCGAGGCCGAUAUCGUCGACACGAUGCACGAAACCGAAGGGAACAAGGCUAUGGAUCCACAGAGCCGACGAAGUUCCCAGCAUGAGCCAUCAAAGGUAUUUGGUUCUGUGAUCGAACGAACACCAGGAGGUGCUGUUCUUGAUACCAAGGUACCCGAAAGCUCCUCCAUGCCGGCAAGGCCAGUUUCAAGAUUCAAGCAAAGACAUGGUGGAUGAAAAUCUCUGCAAAGUAAGAGAGUGUAGUUGUUUUGGAUAACGCGAAGAGAGAAAAUUCCCGUA